AUGGUGUGAAGCCCCAGAUGAGGGACUCGGGCGCCCGGGAAUGACAGCCGCUGUCACCGGGAGUGACAGCUUUCACUCUAAGCUACACCGCUAAAAAACCUCCAGCUGACACUCAACACUGAUCCGGAUCGGAUCCAGCCAGAACCACGACUAUGCCAGAGAUGGAGAAAGGGAGACCGCCGGAAAAUAAACGCAGCAGGAAACCUGCGCACCCCGUAAAGAGGGAGAUCAACCAGGAGAUGAAGACGUUUGCAGAAAGCACCAUGAACGAGCUGCUGGGAUGGUACGGCUACGACAAGGUAGAUCUCAGAGACUCCGAGGCCAAUGAGAUCAGAAACUACAGAGAAAGGCGUCAGCAUGUGUCUGUGCUAAAAGAAAACUCAUUGCCAAAACCCAAGAGCCUGGACACCAAAGUCAGUCACUCGGUCCUCACCACGAAGAGCGGAGAGAGAGAGUCCUCCAGUGUCCCCUCCUCUUCACCCUCCUCUUCCUCAACAAGUUCAUCCCUGACCACCCCCAAAGAGCACAAGAGUGCCCCUGUCAUUGUCCCCCUUAUAAAGCCAUCAGCAGUGGAAGAUGUGCAGAAUGUGCAGAUAGUGUGUGUUUGGUGCCAGAAGGAAGGGGUCAAACGCUACUCUCUAUGUAUGGGUUCAGAGCUCAAGAGCUUCUGCAGCGAGAAGUGUUUUGCCGCCUGCAGACGGGCCUACUUCAAACGCAAUAAGGCCAGAGAUGAAGACCUCCACGCAGAGAGAUCCCCUCAGCACCCUCACACAGAGGACUCGCCCAGGCUGGUGAUGAAGAUAAACAGCAAUGUCAGAUCUCUCUCCCCUGUGCCACAGGUGUGUGAUUGGUGCAAGCAUGUCCGCCACACUAAAGAAUACCUGGACUUUGGAUCUGGUGAAGAACGACUCCAGUUCUGCAGCACCAAGUGUCUGAAUCAGUACAAGAUGGAUGUUUUCUACCGAGAAGCCCGUGCAGCGCUCACCAGCUCCAGCCCCAGCAGAUCAAGCCAGGAGGGGAGAGCGGACAGCAUUGUAGCCGGACAAAAGCUGCUCACUCCUGAGUCUUGGAACAGCAGCAGUUCAGGAGAGGCUCGUCAUAGAAACCUUUCCCCUAAAGGGCCUACGCCAAUCCAUGGAUCAGCAGAAUCCACCUCCCCCUCAGAGGCAUCCUCUUCUAAUUCCAAGGUCCCUCUCUCUGGGCUGAGGACACUGGAGAGACCCAUCCAGCCUCCUCCACAUCCCCCUGCUAUGGAGGGGUCACCCCACCCUGUUCCCCUUCAUCCUCCACCCCCUCCUCGUCCCACUCUGGAACAUCAGCCGGUACCACAAAUCCCCAUGCCCUUCAUCAGACCUCCUCUACAUGCUCAGGGCUUGAAAAGCCCCCUUGCCAACCCCACCAGACACCCAGGCCCCCCUUCCAGCCCUAUCCACAGACCUCCUCACUCUCCUCACCUGCAGCCCCCAACCUCCUCAUCCAUGAAUCCCCCUGGACUGGUGCACCCCUUCCCAGGAGCCUACUUUCCUGGCUUGCACUCCCCUCCUCUGAACAUGAUGCCAAGAGGUCCUGUCCCAAUGCCUCCCAUAAUGAACUUUGGUAUUCCUUCUUUUACCCCUCUUCUGCCCCAACCCACUGUCCUGGUGCCUUAUCCCAUCAUUGUUCCACUACCUGUCCCCAUACCCAUUCCUAUCCCCAUUCCAGUCCCUUCUAAGGCAACCCCCGAAACUCCAAGUCACAGUGGUGUUAUCCAGCCUGUGCCAGAGGGGGCAGACAGGGGUAGAUCCAGGGCUACCAGGCCACCGUCUCCAGGGAUCCCUGAAGGGGACAGCAGAUUUGUAGCCAAAAAAUUAUGUGGAACCUUGACUCAAGGUCUCCCGUCACCAAGUGACCCCAACACCAGGGACACAGAUUGGGUUAAAUCAGAGAGGUCAUUCCCUUCCCCAACAUCCACACCCCACAGUGGAGCAUCCUCCCCCAGAGCACAGUACAGUGAAUCCCCCUGCUCAGCCCCAGAGUUGGAGGGGCUGACAGACUAUAAGCAGCAGCAGUCGGAGCGACAAGUCAUCCAAAGGGUUCUUCAAAGGACCCAAGUGAAGUUGGGGCCCAGUGCCAAUGGAGUGGUGGACCUAUCAGGGCUCGGGGAGUCAGGAACAGGGCAGGGUACCAGGUCAGGGCUCCACGACAUCAUCAGACCCACCCCUCCUCUCCCACAGUCCCCUUCACAUGACACUGUCUACCACCACCAGGACACUCACACUGCAUCUUCACACACCCCACCCAGCCCCACAGGGAGCAGCCAUCCAUAUGAUGCCACAUCCUCUGCCCUGACAUCUCAGGACCACAAUCCAAAUGGGAUGUCCUCCUCAUCCACACCCGCCAGUCCGGACUCCUCCCUACUCCAGAGAAUACCAGCGCCACCCCCUGACCCUGCACUCAGUGAGCUGGAGGCUAUCAAAGAGAACAAGUGCUCUGCUGUAGGCCCAGUGCGGCUUGAGGGCCCAGUCAGUCAGCCAGAAGAGCCCUUAGCAGUAGUCGGGGAGGUAGGAGAGGACCCCCAUGUUCCCGAUGAGGACCAUGCCUAUGCUCUGCCCACAGCGCCAAAGACAGGUGGGACCACCACCCCGCUGCUCUUGCCCAAACUCAGGGACAAGGGCAGCAUGCGGAGCCCUGCUAAUAUGCCCAGUGCUGGAGACAUGGAGCCAGUCCUGAAGAGGCGAUGCCUACGAAUCCGCGAUCAGAAUAAAUAGAGGAUGGAGGCUCCCUGUUUAACACUGUACGGCAGUGCCAGAUUCUGUGCCACGCCCUCUUGUGGACAACGCCAGUGCGAACACCCUCCAGCCAGUCCCUCAGCCUGUCAGCCCACCAGAGUGCUGCUCUGCCUGUAGACCAGCAGGGCGCCAAUCCAGGAAGCAGUCCAGAUGGCCAUUUUAUCACAAGUCACCGUGGGGGAAGAACACAACACAGUCACACAUUUUGUCUCGGACCAAAGAGUAUUGCUGGCUCGUGUGUCAUAUUGUGUUCAGCGAGCGCUUCGUUUGGAGCGUCUCAGAUCUUCUUCCUGUCUGACAUUGCCCUGAAGUGUGUUUGUGUGUGUGUGUGCACGAGUUAGUGAGGCUGCCCAGAUGCGCUCCUCCUCCUCCUCCUCCUCCUCCUCCUCCUCCUCCUCUCAUUGCUGUACACAGCAGACAGGGCUCUGAUCAGCCUUGUGUGGUCUUCUCAGAUGGAGCCUGAACAUGAUCUCUUUCCAGGGGAAACGGUUUGUUUUCUCUGCCGGCUUGCACAAAGAGCCACAUUGUUCCUCUCCCCAUAUCCCACGCUGACUCCCCACUCCAGGUUUUGGGUUACCUGGCCGACGGGGGCUCAGACUUCAGGACUUUUUUUUUUUUUUUUUGACCGACAGCCAGGAAUAUAGUAUACCCUUCUCCCCUCCACCUCGCGCCCAAUCUAAAUACGGUACACAGUAACAUAUUAAGUCUGAGGUUUGAUGCCUCACAACUGAUUGCCUGUGAUUCCCGACUCUUCUCACUUCCUUUAAGGGAGGAGAGAAAUUCUGCUGAGAUUAAGACUUUGGCCUCGGGCAGUUAACACGCUGUGUGGAGAGAGCCUGGCUGGGCUGUAAAGACAGAUGACUGAGCAGUAGGAGAAAGGAUGCUCCCUCUGCCUCCUCUAAAACUACAUAGAAUUUAUGAGGGAACACCUACUGAUAUACAUUAGCUGAUGUGGUCUGUGGACGCUUAAGUCGCCCAGAUAACGCUGGUCCAUUAAUGUUUGAUUCGCAGACCCUCCCUCACCUUUCACCUGGCCCACCUGAGCACCAAGUGCUGUGCAUGCUCUCUUUAAAAUCCUGAACAUCACGUUACCCGACAAGUUAACUGAUCCUGAGUCUGAUUUUAUUUUCAUGUCUCUGAUCAGAUGAUUCUAAAAAUCAGACUUGCAAUCUUACCGAACGUGGUAUUAAACUCAAUCAUCAAACGCUGUAGUAUGCAGCGAUCAGUAUUACAGUUCCCACUGUUGGGGGUGAGCUGAUGAGAUUUGAUCCAGCUUGAUCACUUAGAGGCUUUCUCAACACUUUUGUCCCAUUGUAAGAUUUCAGUUUUUCUAGUUGAACUCUGCGCAGAUACUAUUUGAUGUUAUAUUAACUUAUGGAUGAUGCAUCUGUAGAUUUUCACAAAAAAAGUGCUUUAUUUCUUUUGUUUUCUCUUUGAUGAUUGUAUUUUUGUGAGUGCUGAAGCUCUUAAAUGUCCCUUGUCUUUAUGUUUAUAUACUGUAUGCCCACUAGAGAGCAGUGUUUGCCUUUGUAGCUUUGCACCUGCCCUUUUCAGACAAGAAAGCAGCAAGAGGCCCAUAGGCAGUCUGUUGAAACCCAUACGAUUACACAGAACACUGCACUCAGUGCCAGCUGACUGAUAUCCAAUGCCAAGUAGAUAGCUCUUCCUCCAGAUCUUGCUGCCAUUAUUUUCUCAUUACAUCCUAAUAUUGCCUACUGUUACAGCCAUGUCAUACCAAGAAGACCCAGGGUGCCCUUCAGAGCCUCCUCUGGGAUAAGAAGUCAUCAUGACCCACUCCUAGAAUAACUCUAAAUGUGACCCACCCCUGCCAUCAUUCCAAAACUACAUGCCUAUGAGUUUGUGUGUUUGUUUGUGUGUGUGCGUGUGUGUGUGUGCGCCCACAGCAGCGACACAUUUAUCCCCACUCAUUCCAGCCUGCAUCUUCACCACAGGUCAUGCCAUGAUGUUGGUGUCAUCCUCGGCUGGCCAGGGGACUUUGUCAACAGCUCCUAUGAGUCACUGAUGACAUCACGGCGUGCAUAUAGCUGCCGUGUCAACAAGUGGUCCUCUGCUGUGACGCCAGAGGCCUAAAAAAAAGACAUUGUUAAGACUGCCAUUGUCGGUUUUUAUUGCACAUUUUAAUCAUUGCCAUUUCUGACCUGAUACAGGAUGUGUGUUGAUCCAAUGUUUGGACAAAAAAAUACUUUUGUAUCAGAUGUUUUUUUGCUGUUGUUGCCUGAAAUUCAUUGGUACUCUCUGACCUCCCCUGUCAAACAUUUAGCCCACUGUUUGAGUAGACUAAUCACAGAUUGUUUGUAUUUGAAUAUAGAUUCAGUAACUGAGAGCUUCAGCGGAGACCUCUUUGUAAAGUAAAAUAAAUAAAAGUUAU